AUGCUACUGGACGCUAACCCCAUUCUUACUGGACACUCUUCUUAUCGCUGCCAUUCUUCUUCUUUGUUCCGUCUUUCCUUCUUUCUUUCUUUCAUCAGUUGCAUACCUACUCUCCCUCUUCUCAUAACUCUCUUUUUUAUCUCGAUUUUCUUCUUUCCUAUACCCCGUUUUUCUCUUUCCUUUUCUCCUCUAUUCUUACUCUCUUCUCUCUCUACCAUCUUUAAUUUCAUAUUUAUCUUUGUUGUAUUCAAAUCUAUCUAUCUAUCUAUCUAUCUAUCUAUCUAUCUAUCUAUCUAUCUGUUAAUUAUCUAUCUACUUAACUAUCUAUCUAUCUCAGUCUAUUCAUUAUCUAUCUAUCUAUCUAUCUAUCUAUCUAUCUAUCUUCUAUUCAUUAUCUAUCUAUCUAUCUAUCUAUCUAUCUAUUUAUCUAUCUAUCUGUUAAUUAUCUAUCUACUUAACUAUCUAUCUAUCUCAGUCUAUUCAUUAUCUAUCUAUCUAUCUAUCUAUCUAUCUAUCUAUCUAUCUAUCUAUCUUCUAUUCAUUAUCUAUCUAUCUAUCUAUCUAUCUAUCUAUCUAUCUAUCUAUCUAUCUAUCUAUCUGUUAAUUAUCUAUCUACUUAACUAUCUAUCUAUCUCAGUCUAUUCAUUAUCUAUCUAUCUAUCUAUCUAUCUAUCUAUCUAUCUGUUAAUUAUCUAUCUACUUAACUAUCUAUCUAUCUCAGUCUAUUCAUUAUCUAUCUAUCUAUCUAUUGUGUCCUUAUCUAUCUAUCUAUCUAUCUAUCUAUCUAUCUGUCAGCAUUAUGUUCCUUUUUAUGACAAUCUGUUCGCAUCUAAAUAUGUUCAUCUCAAUAAAAGUCUUGAUAUCUAUUAA